ACCCAAACUUCAAUUCGUGACCCCCUCGGAAGGACAAAAAGAUUCCUUGAAUAAGUUUUACGCUAAAUCGAAGACCUCAGUUAAGUUUAUUCACAAAGGAAAGAAGGUACAGAAGAUCACUAAGGCUACGCCUAAGAGAUCCUAUAAGUUACAAUUAAUUGACCAUGACGCCAUCAGAAAGGGACAGAAAGUCAAACCCAUUAUUGUAAAGAAAGGCCAAACUGAAACAAAUAAUGGUGAUACGAUCUAUGUUAACCAAAAAAAUGCGGUAUCAAUUAAGAAAUUCAAAAUGAAGAAGCUGUACUUGAAACUAAGUAUCGAUAUAGGUCUCAAGUUUGUCGUGCAAACAAAAGAAGAUAAGUUUUGA